UUUUUAUAUAUAUAAUAAUUCAAUCCACUCUCCUUCUCUCUCGCUUUCUCUUUUUCUUAUUUGGUCUCUCUCUCUCUCUCUCUCUCUCUCUCUCUCUUUCUGAAAACACACACGAUCCAAUGACGACGAGCAACAACGUGAACGGAUGUUUUGGUGACACGAAGCUGACCAAAGUGUUCGUAGGAGGAUUAGCUUGGGACACUCACAAAGAAGCAAUGUAUGAUCAUUUCAUCAAGUACGGUGAUAUCUUGGAAGCAGUCAUCAUCUCCGACAGACUCACUCGCCGUUCCAAAGGCUAUGGCUUUGUGACUUUCAAAGAUGCGGAGGCUGCGAAGAGGGCUUGCGAAGACUCGACUCCGAUCAUCAAUGGCCGCCGUGCCAACUGCAACAUCGCCUCCCUCGGUGGCCGCCUUCGUAGAUCCCCCUCCAUGGCCUCUCCUGAUCAAGGAUCAAAGAGUAUGAGUAGAGCCACGUCAGCAAAUGUAGGGAAUCAAGCUCAGUGGUACUACCCUGCGGGAUUCACACACCAGCAACAGCAUCAGCUUCAGCAACAACAACUCCAUCAUCAAAUUCAAGCCGUUCCUUUCUACGGGUACCCUUCUUCCUACGUCGCCCCCAACAUGGCCUAUAAUCAAAAAGUGGGAUACGUUGGAGGAAGCUAUAUGAACGGAUACUACGCACAACCGCAAUCGCAGCCGCAACCGCAAUAUUACCAACAACACCACAUGUAUGGUGGAGGAAGAGUAGUGGUUGGGGCAAGUCCAGUGAUGCCUCUCUACACUGUCUAUCCUUAUCACCAAACUCAGGCCAUCGGUUUUCCUCAACCUUCUUUUUCCAAACCCCACUCCUUUUCCACUCCUCCCAUAUCAGGUACAGUUGGAGGAGAGAUCAUAAUGAAGAAGGCCAUAAGUUGAUGAGUAGGCAACAAGCUGUUGAUCAAACGACUCAGCACAAAAUUUAUUCAUUUUCUACCAUGUUUUAUGUUUAAUUAGAGACACAAUUCAUUUUUUUAAGAGAAAUUUUUAGUUCCUUUACAUAUAAUAAUUUAUUCA